AUGGUAAAUGAGGGAAUAACUGAUAGACCCAUGUCCUGUAAAAGCUUACGGCACGCAUCAGCUACAGAAAAUGGGGCCAAGAUUUUAUCUGUAGAUGAAUACCGAAAGAAAGAGUAUAAAGCUGCUGUCAAAAUCCAGAGCUGGUUUCGAGGACACAGAGUCCGAGCCUAUAUCAGAUAUUUGAACAACGUGGUAAUUAUUAUACAGAAGUGGUGGAGAGGUUAUCAAGGCAGAAAAUACUUCAGAAAAAUGGUGGCGACAGCAUAUUUUAUUAUGAAGAUGAAUUUCUACAAUGAAAUGGCUGUCAGGAUUCAGAAAAGAUGGCGGGGCUAUUAUGUUCGAAAGUAUAACUAUAAUUAUUAUGCACUGAAAAAAUACCUGGAAGCCAUUUCUGUGAAUAAUGAGAUUGUCAGAAAUGAACUGAAAGAGUAUGCAGAAAUGAAAGAGAAAGAAAAGAAAAAGGAAGACCUAGAAAAGAAAGAAAAGGAAAAGGAUCACCAAGCCCGAAAGAUGCAUUACCUCCUUAGCACUGAGCAGAUUGCAGGUGUAUACAAUUCACCAUUCAGAAAAUCCCCAGAUCCAAUGGAAUUACUGUUACGGAAGUCAAAGCCAUUGAGUCACAAACAGCAGCCAAUAAAGAAUCACCUCAUAGGCGAGCUCUGUGACUGGUCAAAUCGUUCAAGGUCUCUGACUUGCCCCACAGCACAGCCUCUGCCUCCUAUUGGCAGACAGAAACCUCAGGGGCCGUUCCGUGAUACUGCUGAAGUAUUGCGGCAGCGCUACAAGCCUUUGGAACCAACCUUGCGAGUGGCAGCAUCAAUCAAUUCACUAGAGAAGGCCAGAGAGGAAAUCAAAAGAGAGGAAUGGAGAAACCGUAUACAUGACAAUGAAUUUUUACCAUUUUCUUCAUAUCAUAAAAAUGAGAAGUAUGACCCAUCAGUUCAUAGAUCAAGUAAAUAUGGCCAAGAAACUUACGGAAUUAAACAUUUCCGAGAAGUACAGCCUAAGAAGUGGAUAGCAGACAAGGACUUUCAAACAGUGUUACCAUCGAUUGUUCUCUUUGAAAGGUUUGGAAAAACUUAUUCCAGAGCUGGGGAAAUAGUUUAAUCAUUCUGUAAACUACACAACAGAAGAUUCCUAAUAAUUAAGCAAUAAAUAUAUUUCAGCAAAUGCAAAGCAGUUUGUUGACUGAAUGUUCCGCAACGGAGUAUUUUUGUAAAGUGAUGUAUACUGUAUCUAAAGUAUUGUUACUUGAUUUUGCUUGAUCUUUAAGCAAUACAGCUUUGAACAUUAAUCAAAGACUUUUUUGCAGAUUUGGCAGUGUAAUAUCUUAGGAAAACUAGAUGACUCUUCAAAAUACUUUUUGAAUAUAGUAUCUUUUAUUUGAAUAUAAAUCCUUUAUGAUACAAAAUCCAGUGUAAUGAUGUAAAAGACUUUGGAUCACAUUCUGUGUAUUACAGGUUUAUAAGUGAGUAAUCUAAGUUUAAAAGUUACGUCUGUUUUUUUUUUUCUGAUAUCUAUAAAUGGAUUUGGUUCAUCAUUAUUGUCAAUUAUUUUUAGUGCUAGCAUUCAUCUGUUUUGGAUGUCUACUGAUCCAUCUCUUAUUUCAGUGGAAUUUGAUAGACUGUUUACAUGGAAGAUUGUAUUUUAAAACCUUUUUAAAUCCUUUGAGCUCCUCUGUGGGAGGAUCUUAUCAAUGGAUAACUUCAUUGCUGAAAAUUUACAAUUCUAACAACUUCAUGUUUUUCUAUAUCUACUUUUUUUUUGCUUCAUUUAUAACUACGUAUUUAGUCCUCGUCCUGUGUUAAGCUGAUUGAUAUGUGGGAAUAUGAUCCUGUAAGGCCUGGGAAAGAUGAAAACAUGUUUGAUCAUGCAAACCUGAUACCUGACUGCUGUGUUCACUAGCAUACAGUCCUACAAAAUGUUGAGUAUCUUCAGGUACCAUUAACUUAAAAGGACUCAAAGAACUCAUCAUUUUGGGAAAACCAGCAUUUUCAGGACCAGAUCAUAAGAUGUUUCUUCACAUGAUGUGAGCGGGUGGUAUUUUUACAGGAUGUUUCUGCUGAAUUCUGUGGGAUACCAUGAGAAUUUCAUCAUAUCAUUUGAAGAUGUUUGAAUCAAAUAUAUGAUAUUUGAAUCAGUUGCUCAAUGGUGGGCUUUGUAUUACAAAAUCUUUAUAACGUGACUCUUGUGCUCUUUAGAUGAACAAGAAAACUCAAUGUAAUUUCUGUUUGUAUAAAUACCUGUGAAUGCUUUCUGCACUAGGCAUUACAAAUUUUGCUUUCCCAGGUUUUCAGCUGUCAGCCUAUGUGAAACAGUACUGAAAAAAGUAUUCCUGGUAUCAUUCACAAGGGCUGAGUUCCAUUACAGUACGUUAUAACUGCAGGCACUAGACGGAGGAGACUAGAAGCAAAACACCUGCUAAAAGACCAAAAAUGCCAUGUCAUUGGAAAACACCUGGAACUGGGAAAGUAGUGUUGAGUGUUACCAUCUUUCUGUAAUUGUUGAUUUUCCCAUUUUAAAGCUUUGAAAAGUUUAUUCUUUUGCAGUGCAACAAGAAACUAAUUCUGGAAAGUGAGAAGCAGUGGCUUCAUCAGUGUUUGAUUCAGUGGAUUCAUCAGUGGCUGAAUCUUCCUAUUAAGAUUUAAUCUGACCAAAUGUAUCAGAGUGCUUUAGUUGUUAGUGGAAGGGACUAAGCAUGAGAGACUUGUGCAAAACUGUUGAUGAAUAAAGGUGCUACAGUAAUUUUUAUAUGUGAGAGCUGUCUAUCUGAUUGCUUUAGCUUUAAGGUGGUUCAUCACUUCACAAUAACUCACCCUGUAUUGCCUCUUUAACUCCAUAUCACAGUUUCCCAUCAGUCCGAUUAGAAAUGGCAGUGUCUUUAUCAGAUUAAUCUUCCUUUCUCUUUCUCCCUUUCAAUAUCUCUGACCCCAGGACAAAACAAAACCUACCAUGCAAACCAACAUUGUACUAGCUGUGGUGUUCCACAGCUAAGAGUCUGCAGAACAGAUGAAAAUUUAAACCAACACUUGCAAUUUAUUUUCACUGUCUAACACAUAUCCACUUUUUCCUCCUCUUUUGAAAAAUUAUUACUUAUUUUUAGCUUAUAAGCAGCUACCUACUUCUCAGAAACAUUCUUACAUACAAAAGGUCUAUUAAUUCUAUUAGAUAACUAAACAUCCACAAAGUUAAAGAAGUAGCAAUGAUAUUACCUGCUGUUUGGUUUUGUUUGUUUGUUUGUUUUUUGCCAUAUAUAUUUCAUAGGGAAGACAAUCCUUUUCUUUAAUGGGAGUUCUUGCAGAAUUUAUUAAUUUGUGGCAUAUAACAUCCAAAAUGUUUUGCGUGGCCACUGUAUAACCUGUGAAUCCUUUUGUUUUGCGUAGUAUAUUUAGCUCAUGAUAGAGGAAAUGACCCCUUCCAUUCAGUCACGGCUUUAUUGGUCAGAUGAUCAGAUGACUUUGGUAGUUAAUCUUCCUCUUGUGCAGAAAGUCCAUAGCUCACUUAGGAAAUGGAAUUCAGUAUGAAAAAAACCCUGAGGAAAUCAUUGUAGAAUCUCUGUCAGAAUCCAGAAUUGCCUAUACAUUUAUAUAAACCAUUUGAUAUUUAUUCUAGUGGGACGUCUACUAAUUCUUCCAUCUUGUAGAGAUGUUCUUAUUAUUAUUUUUGCCAUCUUGUAUUGCAGGUAAACACAUUCACCAAGGUAAGAGAGAAUGAACUUGAAGAUAUUUUCAAAUAUAAAAGCAUAUCAGUCAAUGAAGCUUUAGCUGGAUCUUGACUUUUUUUAAUUCAAAUUUCCAACUAGAUGCUACGCAUUCCAGAAACACUUGACGGCAUGGAAAGGGUGGAAAUAAAUAAAAGAUAAAUUUCAGCCCUAAGAUGGUCCUCACUUCUGAGACUCUGGGAUAUACUACCACUUACGUUUGGUAAUCCUCUGUGGCAAGGCAGUGAAUGUGUCAGGUUGUCUAAGAAAAUUUUGUGAUGACCUCUUGUUUAAAUAAAAAUGUUUGCAGGUAGCAAAUGGAUCUAAAGCCUUUUAAAGCUAGAAUUUUUAUAUUUUAUGAAGUAUUCACUGCAAUAUACAGUGAAUAAUACAGUAAGAAUUUUGAUGAUGUCAUUAUGUAACCAAUCUAUCGCUAU